AUGUUCGCCAAGACCCUCACCUCCCUCGUCCUCCUCGCCGCGGCCUCUUCCGUGAGCGCACACGCCAUCUUCACGCCCGCGAUCGGCAUCGUCGGCCGCACCGCCGUCCGCGCGGACGUCGAGCGCGUCACCGCGGCGGCGCCCUGCGGGCCCAACGUCGACGUCGCGUCGGCCGUCCCCGACAGCACGCCCGUGACGCUCAACUCCGACGGCACCUUCACCGUCACCGUCACCGACUUCAACGGCGGCGCUGACGGCUCGCGCGCCGUCGGGUCCGCGACGGUCGACCCCACGGCCACUGGCGCCUCGUUCCCGAUCACUGCUACCGUUCUCACGAACGGCGACCCCGCACCUGUUGCUGUCGGCUCGGACACGAUCGUCCUCGAGCUUCCGUCCGGCACGACGUGCACGGGCGGUAGCGAUGGCGCGUCUUGCCUUGUCGCGCUUGCUACGACUGCCAACUUCGGUAACUGCGUCCUUCUGAGCACCGCCUAA